AGAGUGGGUUGUCUCUUUCCCUCAGACAUCAAGGAACUGUUGUUCCUCCGAGUCCGACGAUGGACGACGCCAUGUCAUUGCAGCUCUCACUCGACAAGCUCCCAAUCAAGCGUUUGGAGUCUAUCGAAGAAAACGGAUUCGAACGAUUCCCUUCUGAUGUUGAUAACGAAGAGAAGCGACUCUCGUUGAUCAGGCGAAUUGACUUCGCUUGGGCCGUUGAGAAGGAUGAGGAGAGGAAGAAGCAGAAGAAGAGCUCAAAGGAGCCCUCAACACCAUGGCAAUGGCAGGGCAUGAUCGAGAAUUUGCAGUUGGCUCAUCAGGAGCUUUCUGUCAUCAUAGAUCUCAUCAACACUGUGGAAGCAAACGAUGCAGUGACUGUGGCUAGCAUGACAAGGCCAAAACUAUUGCCGAAUGAAGCAUUGUCUGACCUUGCUGUAUCUGCAGCCACCAAGCUGCAAUGCUACCGUCAAGUUGGGAAAUAUUUCAAGCAAUCUGCCAAGGCAUUUGAACAGCAGGUUGCUCGGGAAGCUAGGUUUUAUGGUGCCCUUAUCAGGUUGCAGCAAAACUGGAAAGUAAAACGGCAACGUCAGCCAGCUAUAGGUCCAGGGAAUGAAGGCUUCACCUUUGAUCUCUUUGAUAACACUUAUGACCAAGCAGCUAUUAUCCGGUCAUCAUUGAUGUCCACUGUUCGUGUCAAUCAUGAUGCAGCUGGAAUGCUGGCUAUAAAUGUGUCUCCUAAUUCAUGCCAUUCUCUCCAAUUUGGUUUUGUUGGUACACAAUCAGAUGAUACACAGGGGAAAUCAAAUGAAAACAAAUCCGACAGUGAGCAUCACUUAGGAGAAACUGGCAAAGAAUCUUUAAGUGAUGAAGGUUGUGUUAAGAAAACAAAUUCACUCCUUCGAGAAGUUCAUAAAGCAAUUUUCAAUGAACAGGUGUUUGAUCUGGUGAAUCGUGAAGCAUUUAACACAUCUACAGUUGUCAGUGUGACCGGAAUACGGGAAAAUUAUUUGCAAUUAAGCUUAGGUCAACGAACCUCUGUGUACUUAUCUUUAGUGUCCUCUGGUCAAGAUCAUACUAGAGUUGAAGGUGAACUCACCAAUAAUGUAGAAAAUGCAAUUUUACCUUUUGAAUCUUCUGAUGGAAUGAAACAUGAUGCCAAAUGGAACACCAUCAAGAAGAAAGGGCAGUUUUCCAAUUCUACCUGCUAUGAGAUUUACAUUCAACAGAUUUAUCACGAACUUAUAUUUGGAAGAGGUAGUGAAAAACCAACUUCCUCUGGUAGUCGUUUAUCUGGUGCACAGGCAAAGGAUGGAUCCAGUCUUCUUAGUCAUUUUUUCAUGUCUUUGGCUCAUAGGAUCUUUUCAACUAAAGUUCUUGCGGAACUGGAAAAUGUGGUAUGCAAGGUCCCAUAUCUCCAGCUAAUCUCUAAUCCCACAUGGCAUUCUCGGGGGUCAUCAUGGACACUCUUCAUGGAGGUUCCUCGGUCUAUUCUUCGUGGUAGCCAAAUCAAAACAGUAGAGUAUUGUGAGAAAAACACUAUCAAGCGUCAGUUUUGGACUAAGGUGGUGGUAAAUGAUGAUUGCAUCAUUGUCAAAGCAGAAGGUUCUCCUAAUGUUGCAGGCUUGUUCAAGGGAAAGUCUGAGGAAACCCACUCAAUAAACAAGUAUAACUGCAACUUAGCUGAUCUUGGUGUGGUCAUUUUGCAGCAGGUUGCAAGCCAAAUUAUGAAUUGGCUCCAUCAGGAAGCUUUGAUGGUAGGGAUAAAGGUGAAUCGGGACUUUUUAAGCUUAUCUUUUGAGCUGGAGCAGGGGGAAACCCUUGGCUUAGUUGCAAAUGUGGAUCCAGAAGAUGUUGAAGGCGGUAUAUCUUGGUGGUUGGUCAUGGAGGACAGUUUUGCAGAGGAGCAAAAGCUUCACAUAAACGCCACCAAUGGUGCAUCUGAGUAUAGGAAAUUUUUAGGUCACUUGUCUCUUGAUUUGUUAUACGCAACGCUCAUGGACUUCGUUAGCUUGUGUAGUGGUGGUAGCGGCCAAUGAAGUUUUUAAUCUAUGUUUUCUGGCACUUUUCAAGUGGUAGAUCUUCUGUUUGGUUUAAGUUUUGGCAAACCCAAACUCAUGUUUAUACCAUACCAAACUUAGUUAAAAAAUGAGCUACUGGUAUGUGCAAGAAAUUAAACUUAUUGGGAGGAUUGUGGCUUCUGCCAGCAGCCCCUUUUGGAUA